AGACCUAUUUGUCUAUUUGAAAUCGAGACUUUCUAAUAAUCUCUAAAAUUAACAAAAGCAUUAAUGCAUUAAGAGUUGAACGCAUGUAUAUAUUCAAUUUUUAUCCAGUGUUUUGAAUUGACUAAUUUUAUUAAAACAGAUAUAUUCUCGUGUGGAAUUGUAUAACUGUUAAUCUUUCUUUUUGGAGUAGUUGUGCAAAGUUAUCUAUUUCACUGUCCUAUUUGUGUUCCUAACUUCUUCAAUGGUUCAAGGAGAUGGUCGGUUUUAUAAACUGUCACAGGCUGACCGCCAAGAUUUACAGUGGAACCAGACGACAAGCAGACGACAAAAAAUUCCAAGAUAUCCAAACUCUCUCGUCAAUUCGGACACGCGCCUGCGCAAGUGCGAAACCUGUGGGAAAUGGUUUUCCAGUAUAGACGACAUGCGAAGGCAUAUUUCACUCACGCAUACUGGAAACAAGCCUAUAGUAUGCCAGAUAUGCGGAAAGCGAUUCAGAACAACACAUCAGAUGAUAGCCCAUUACAAAAUGCACAGAGAGCCGCGACUGGAAGAGUUUUCAAUAUUAAAGAAACGCAGACAGCCGGAUGUUGUAUCCGAAUCUAGUGAAACAUCCCAAACAACAGUUGGAACCUUUCAUAGGAUCCCUAAAACUCUUAAAAGUUACAUGUCUGACCCGCUAGAUGUUGACAGAUCGUUUGGAACUGGUCAAAGUUUCAAAGUAGCAGAAUCCGAGACUAAAGAAUCUCGUGUAAAGUAUUCAAAAUCAGUGCAAAGUAAUAAGUUACCAGAUAUCAAAGGUGCAACAAAAUCUACUGUCAAUCCAAAGAAAGAUUCACACAGCCUAACGGAGUCAGUAAGUUUACUGAAAAAUAGAAAUAAACCAAGUAUACCAACGCCAGACCCUGGACACAUUUCUGCAAUCGACAACGUAAUGGGAAUGUCCAGAACAAUAGAAACUGGUACAGAGUCACACUUCGUUGAAGAAGCGGAAAAUGAUUUUAUUCGUUCCCGGAUGGAAGCUGUAUCACGCGCUGGUCGAUCAGAAACCCCAAAAUCCUUCAAGACCAGAUCAGGCUUGACAGAAUACAGGAAACCAAAAUAUCUUGUAGACAAAGAAUUUUGGGAUACAGGAAGUCACGUGACCGAUAGACUGACAGGAUAUAGUCCAGUAUCAGGAUAUGAACCGUACUCACGGAAUGUUCUAAACUCCAGAGGAACACGUAGAACGUCGGCAUUUUCGCUUCGGAGUGUAAGAUGAGAUUUUCACUACAGAAAAUAGUAGAUCUACAAGAAAACAAUUCAGAAAUUAAUCACUUCUUGUAUGAUACGAUAACUUUUGCUAAUUGGAUACCAUUGGUGUAAGAACUGCAUAAAUUACUGCGUAAUGAAGAUUAUAAUGCUUUACGUGAAAUUAUACAUAUACUCAUAUAGUAAAUAAAAUGAACAUGCAAUAUAAGACAUGCAUAUUUAUAAAAUCCCGCUUGGAAAACGAUA